AGUUCAUGUUAUUGCGUGAUCGUUGCUGUUCGCUAUAUAGUUUUGGCCGAUGGCGGCUGUCAACUGGUGUACUUUAAUUUUUCGUCGGACAGAUUUUUAUAAAUCUUCAAAUAAUAUCGAGAAUCUUUAUACGUAGAUAAUUAUCACAUAUUCACGUUAAGUUGAAUUUUCUAUGAGCCUGUGAAAUUAACAUUUACUUGUAUGGCAUCCGGCAAAGAAACAAUGGGUAAACAACCUAUUUUCACGUGCAAAGCGCACGUGUUUCAUAUCGAUCCCAAGACAAAAAGGUCUUGGGUAUCUGCAUCUACAGCAGCAGUAUCUGUGUCAUUUUUUUAUGAUUCAACAAGAAGUCUAUAUAGAAUAAUUUCUGUUGAAGGAACAAAGGCAGUAAUAAAUAGUACUAUUACUCCAAACAUGACCUUCACGAAAACAUCGCAAAAAUUUGGCCAGUGGUCAGAUGUUAGAGCCAAUACCGUAUAUGGUCUUGGCUUUUCGUCUGAAGAAGAAUUAGGAAAGUUUAUUGAGAAGUUUCAUGAAGUGAAGGAAGCAACUAAAUUAGCUAGUGCUAAAUUACAAUCGAACAGCUCGUCUGUUACUCCCGCUACUAGUGCAAACGUUAGCCCGAUUAUAUCGCGAUCGGGUAUGCCAUCAUCAGAACAAGAUCUUAUAGAUCCACCAAACUCAUCAAUGAUAAAUUCCAAUGUAUCCACAUCGAAUAACCCAAACCCAAAUGCCAACAUGAUUUCUACUCAAAACAAUGUAUCUUUGGUAAGCAGCAGUCCCUUACCUGGUAGUUGUCAGAAUAAAAUGGAUGACGAAUUGAAAAAUGCAGUCCAUUCAAGAUCACAGAGUGUUUCUCAGCAGAGUACAGAGAGUCCACAACAUCAAGGAAAACAAUCGCAACUUAGCUCUACACAAAGUGGACAAUCGGCUGAGAUGCAGCUUAAAUAUGAGAAUGAUAGGCUGAAACUUGCAUUGGCACAAAGUUCUGCAAAUGCUAAGAAAUGGGAGGUCGAAUUAACUACUUUGAAAACAAACAAUGCAAGAUUAACAAGUGCAUUACAGGAAUCUACAGCUAAUGUUGAUGAAUGGAAAAGGCAAUUACAAUUGUAUAAAGAAGAAAAUGCUAGAGUUAAAGUUAAAUAUGCGGACUUAGAAGCUGGAAAAAUUGCAGAAGGCAAUAGUGAAGCAUUAAGGUUGAGAGUUGAAGCAUUAGAAAGUGAACUUAGAACACGAAAUGAAGAAAUCAAAGCUCUCACUAUGGCUACAAAAAAUAAAGAUUUUGUAGCGCUACAGAAAGAAAAUGCGGAACUUCAUGAAAUGUUAAGGGUUGUCCAUGAACAAUUAGAACUUGCAUUAAGUGCAAAUAAAGUCCAAAAACAAAAUUUGGAUACGUUAAAUGCAAGAUUAGCUGGAUACAUACAAGAUUUGGUAACUGUACAUCGAGAAAUUACAAACACACUGCAAACCUAAGAAUGUUCUUCUUGGGAGUUUUGUAUUUACGAUAUAAGUGAAGUAUACAAAUGGACGGUGUAGAUUAAUACAAAGGGAAAGGUUCCAAAAAAAACAUACAUAGUAAAAAAUUCUUGAAAAAAAUAAACUAAGGACAUUAUCUUCAAACGAUAAGGGUAGAUUGCGUUUUUCUAAGGUAUUUAUUCUAUGUUAAAUUAAUGACAAUAUUUGAUAUUAUUUUUCACAAACGUCUUUCGUGCCAUACUUUUAUUCGUAUUGUACAUAAAGAUACUUUUUUAAUAUUGUUUUAUAUAUUGUUUUUAUAAUUUGUAUAUUUCUGCAUGUACAAAAGAAUUUUAUAUAUCGAUAUAGAUACAAAAAAUGCUUUUACUUCUGCACAAACAAGAACAAGAAUCUCUUUUAGUUAUUAUGUACCUAUUAUAUUGCAUCGUAAGAAUAACGGUAAACAUUACUAUGAGUUAUUUAAUUACUUUUUAAUGUAUUAUGUUUUUUUAUAUACUUUAUUAUAAUGAAUUUUUGUAUAUCACUCAAAUUAGAUCUAUAGCUUGUUUUGUCUUAUAAUUGUGUUUAAACGUCUAACAAAUAAAUUAUAAUUAUAAUUGUACUGCAGUCAUCAUUACUAAUACUAUUUCACUGAUUACUAUUGAUCUUUGACUCAUCACUAAGCUACAACUCUUACUAUACUAUUAAAACUAUUAUUAUCAUUAUUAACGCUAUUAUAACUACCUCCACUACUACUGCUGCACUACUACUUGCUGUUAUUAUUACUCGUAGUAUCAUUGUUAGUGCUACUUCUAUAACUGUUACUACUGUUACUGUCGAUCAGGUUGUCAUUACAUGCUUACAAAGAACUUUUAUGAUAUUUAGAAACAUAAAACAUAUCAAAAAUGUCACAAGAUUUAGUGUGAUACAUGUCUCUCAAUGUUUUUUUGGAACUUAGCCCCUUGGAAUCAACAAUAAAAUUCAGUUACCCAUGAACACAAAUAAGAAAAAUGCACAAUUAACAUUAGUAACGUUUAGUGAUACUCGAUUAUGUAGUAUAACUAUUUAAUUCAGCUGUACAUUGUAUCCAUAUUGUUCUAUGAUAUAUUAUUUACCUUUAUCAAUAGUGUAAGGAUAUAUAAAAUUGAAGAGUCUGGCAUGAGCUGUACAGUAUCGUUGAUAUCUAACACAAAGUAUGGCAUGAGAAAAUAUAUAAUAUAGUUCAUUUACAAUGGGUAACUUAGCGAUUUCAGCUUGAAGGAUUAUCAAACGUUUAAAUAUUGUGCAAAAAAAAAGGAUGUUUUUAAUGUGCAACAUGUUUUGUUAAUUUUUUUAUGAAACCAUGGUAUACAUUGAUUCAUUGUUGAAAAAAUAAAUUUAAUGUUUUCCAAUGUAAAUAAUUUGUUAUUCACUUAUCACUGACUUUUAAAACAUUCUAUAGCAUUCAAGCCAGAUAUUCUUCAAUAUGUUAUACUUGAAUAGCAUAGAUUUACUAGACAACAAAUCGCCCGAGGAUUCUGACCGACCUUCCGAAAGAUGUCAAGGUGAUAUUUCUUGUAACAAUAAACCAUUUCUAGUAGUAAAUGAAGUGCAGAAUACUAAAAAGAGCACUUUUUAUUGUACUGACAGUAUGUAUGUAUGUACGUAAAAAUGUUGCGGAGAUGAAUUUUAAAUUUGAGGAAUUGGAAACAAAAGCCUCGCUUGCCACAUGUAAUCAUAAUAAAACAUUUUCAGAUGGC